AUGGAGAUUUAUUCUCCCCUCCGUCGAACUCCUACCAGCACCUCUGAAAACGACACUGACGAUAACGCUGUUCUCACUGCUGUUCAGUCAACCAGCUCCUCUACUACAUCUGCCCCUCGCCCUACCCAAAGAUUAACUGGCCGCACCCCUUCAACCCAUUCCUUAUUGGCCGCGCACAGGAAUCCCGAUGUCCGCAAGGGUGCCCCUGCUGAGACUACAAAGGCCUCCGCUGGCCGCUCGAGCAUAAGUAUGCCGCCUCCGAACACCAAGCCUAGCGCUGAUAGACGUCUAUCGGCCUCUGUUUCUUCAAUUCGCUCAGUGAGGAAGUCUGAGGAAUGUGCUAGGAGCCCGCCGUCUUCUGUCAAAUCUGUUAGAAGCAUUGAAGGAGACAGGACAUCCUACGGCAGCUCUCCAACGGCCCAGAACUCUACAACAGCCCAUGAUCCCACGAUCGUUACAACCACAUCUACUUCCAUUGCUCCCGGUCUGCCUGUGCUAUCCCCUCCAGCCUUCAAUCCAAGCGUUCCUAAUCCUUCAGAUCUAGUCUCAAAUACGUCAUCUCAGAUCGCCUCCCCAACGACAUAUGCUCCCAAAAGCGACAUGGCUUUACCUGCUGCGACUAGCGGCCAAUCUUCAGGAACCACUGGAAUUGCCGGGAAGUCUGAUGGUGCAGAUACCGCAUUCCCUGCUCGUCCGCCUCGGAUACCCCAUCCCCGUUCAGCUUCCGGUCGACGCUUGAGUACUGCGGGAUCUUCCAGGAAUGAGAGCAUUAAUUCCGAGAAUAAAACGCCAGUAGGCAGAAUUGGGGUUUGCGCUCUUGAUGUCAAGGCCAGAAGUCGACCCAGUCGUCAAAUCUUGACACGCCUUCAAGGAGAAGGGGAAUUUGAAGUUAUCGUCUUUGGUGAUAAAGCAAUUCUCGACGAGGAUGGCUUUCCUCUCGACAAGGCAAUCGCAUAUGUCAAGCUACGGAAACCAUUUGUCGUCAAUGAUCUGGCCAUGCAAAAGGUCCUUUGGGACAGACGUUUGUGUCUCAAAAUCCUGGACCAAAUGCAGAUUCCUACCCCAAAGAGGAUAGAAGUCAACCGUGAUGGUGGACCAAGGUUAGAGUCGCCGGAGCUUGCCCAGCAUGUGAAAGCCAUGUCGGGUGUGGUUCUAGAGGGUGCAGAGGAUGGCACAGGAGGCGGCACUCCAACUACAAAAUCCGUUGAACUGACGGAAGACGGAGACACUUUGGUUGUUGACGGGAAACCAUUCAAAAAACCCUUUGUCGAGAAGCCUGUCAAUGGAGAAGACCACAAUGUUAUCAUCUAUUUUCCCAAGAGCCAAGGUGGCGGCGCCCGACGACUUUUUCGCAAGAUCGGCAACAAGUCUUCAGAGUAUGACCCUGAAUUGACCGUUCCAAGGUGCAUCACGGAACCGAACAGCAGUUAUAUCUAUGAGCAAUUCUUGAAGACGGAAAAUGCCGAAGACGUCAAAGCCUACACUGUAGGUCCCCAUUAUUGCCAUGCCGAGACGAGGAAAUCGCCAGUCGUGGAUGGUUUGGUCCGACGUAAUACACAUGGCAAGGAGCUGAGAUACGUCACGAAACUUAGCGAUGCAGAGAAAGAGAUGGCGGCCAAAGUGUCACGGGCUUUUGGGCAACGCAUCUGCGGUUUUGACCUCUUGCGAACCGGGUCGGCGAGCUAUAUCAUCGACGUCAAUGGGUGGAGUUUUGUCAAAGAUAACGAGGACUAUUACAACGACUGCGCAAAGAUCCUGAGAAAUAUCUUCUUGGCUGAGAAGUGGAAACGCGAGAAUGCCCUUGGGGAAGAAGUGCAGGUCGAGAAUGGAGGCGACGGUUCUCAGAGCCGCGUAGGCACAAGCCAUUCAGCUCGAUCGGCACUUAAGACGAUCUUGAAGUCCCCCAGCAUGACGAAGCUUUCUCAGCAUCUGCCGCAUUCGUCGAGACACCAUCAUCCGGUACAUGCUGGUUCGCCCAAGACUUCUUCCUUAACCACGCCAAUGAGUUCGCCACCAAGCAUUGAGAAGAUCACUCAGACUCUAGUUGUACCAACCGCGGGUGAAAAAGACAGCACUUCUCCAUCACCUCUUCUUGCAGCCCCCGAUGCUGCUGAGAGUGCUCCAGGUACCACGGCUCCUACCAAGGAAGAGGGGCCUGCAGCUCCUAUGCCAAGUUCCAAGCAUUCAUGGAAGCUCAAGGGCGUGGUCUCGGUCAUCAGGCAUGCUGACCGGACUCCAAAGCAAAAACUAAAAUUCACAGCUCACUCCCAGGUGUUUGCCGAUCUGCUCAAGGGCCAUCAUGAGGAGGUGCUUCUGAAGGGUGAAGCUGCGCUGGCAAGCGUGCAGACGGCAAUCAAGGUUGCGCUGAGAGACAAGCUUGAAGAUCCAGAUAAAUUACGCAACUUGCAAAAUGCAUUAUCCAAGAAAAUACAUCAACCGGGCACCAAGGUACAGAUCAAACCAAUGUUCCGCAAAAGGAAGCCAGAAGAGAUGCAUCCAUCGUCGGAUGCCGACACUCUUACCACUAUAGAGGCUGACCACCAACUCCUCGAGGCAGUCAGCAAUGAGGAGAGAAAAGGAUCAGUGUCUAGCACAAAAGACUUGAGGCGAAUGCAGACCAGGAGUGAUUCAAUGUCUGGUGCCACGUUUUCACGUUUCUCAGCUGCGGAGAAUGAUCUUGUUCUGGACAAGCUGCAACUGGUCAUGAAAUGGGGAGGGGAGCCUACGCAUUCGGCUAGAUACCAGGCGCAGGAUCUCGGCACCAAUAUGAGGGACGACUUCAAAUUACUAAACAAGGAAGUGGUCGAUGAUGUCCGGAUCUUUACGAGCUCAGAGAAGCGUGUCAAGACGAGUGCUCAAAUAUGGGCCGCGGCAUUCCUCGACCGCCAGGAUCUGCCCGAAGAUUUCAUUCAAGUCAGGAAAGACCUCCUGGACGAUUCCAAUGCUGCCAAGGAUGUGAUGGACAAGGUCAAGAAGAAGCUUAAGCACCUCCUUCGCGAAGGAACUGUCCCGGACUCGUUUGCGUGGCCAAAAGACGUCGCAGAGCCAUAUGUUGUCAUGCAAAAUGUGGUUGACCUGCUCAAGUUCCAUCGACAGGUGAUGCGGCACAAUUUUAAAAAGCUUUCGACCGGCGCUGUGGCUUCACUCAACGCAAUAAGUGGCUCUGGAGACGGCAAAGACGGUAACGGGCACAACAAAGAGACGAUCAGCGUUGCCUCGAUUCAGUCUCGAUGGUGCACUGGCGAAGAUGCAGAACUGUUUCGAGAAAGAUGGGAAAAGCUGUUCUCGGAAUUCUGCGACACCGAAAAGGCAGAUCCGAGCAAAAUCUCUGAGUUGUAUGACACGAUGAAGUACGAUGCCUUGCAUAACAAACAAUUUCUCGAGUGGGCAUUCACUCCCAGUCAAUCGCUCCUGGACGAAAUGGCGAAAGACGAAAGUCUGUCGUCGAGGGCGUCCUUGGAAAUCGACAGAGCAGAGGAAAUUUCGCAAGCCACGAAUGGCUCACGUCAUGAGAACGAUGUCUCGUCUAAUGGUGGGACGCCUGAGGGCAGACAGAGUCUUGCUCAAAAGAUUGGAUUUAGAAGACAAUCAGUCCUCAAACAACCACUCCCGGCGGCUCCUCUUAUGUCGUGGGAACAGGGCGCUUCCUAUUUCAAGUUAUUCAGCGGAUCUGGCGAUGGUCGGCCGAAGCAAGAUCAAAAGCUCGGUCGACUAAGAGAGCUAUACCGAUACAGCAAGAUUUUGUUCGAUUACAUUGGCCCGCAGGAAUACGGUAUCAGUGAUGAGGAGAAACUCGAGAUUGGUCUUUUGACAUCAUUGCCCUUACUUCGUGAGAUCGUUGACGAUCUAGAAGAACUACAGGCAGCCGGUGACGCGAAGUCAUUCAUCUACUUCACCAAGGAAUCACACAUAUACACUCUACUCAACUGCAUCAUGGAAGGCGGCAUCCACACCAAGAUCAAACGCUCCACCAUCCCAGAACUUGAUUACCUCUCCCAAAUCUGUUUUGAACUAUACGAAGCUAAAGACGCCGAGACAGCCGAAUCUACCUACUCGAUACGCAUCACCAUCUCCCCUGGCUGCCACACGAUCGACCCUCUGGAUGUCUCCCUGGACUCCAAGCACGCGAUUGGAAGCGCUCCGCGGCGAUCGCUGACAAACCAUCAGGAUUGGAAAGAGGUGAUUUCUACCUUGAAAGCGAAGUUCAACACAGUGCAGCUGCCCAAGAGCUUUCUGGCGGUGAAUGUGAGUGAGAAGCAUGAAGAGGAGGCACAACGAAGGGCCAGCUUGUUGCAGAGCGAAGCAGCGAAGGAGAAGCAUGGACGUAAAGAGGGAGAGGACAGCGAGGCUGGAGAUGUAUUUGAGAAUGCCAAUGUACAAGACAAAGAAUUCUCACUGGAAUCGACGCCGGGUAUUCGGCAGUUCGUUCCUGUACAAUUCCUGUCUGCAGAGGAUAGGACUGACGCAAAUGUACCUGCUGAAGAAGGAAGAGGCGCUUGA